CGUACGUGGUCAUCAUCAUGAAGUAUCAUUCAAUGACAACGAUACAGCCAAUUGCAGUUCGAGGUAAAUAGACUGGUGAGGGAAAAAAACGCACUUUGCAUUUCCCAUGCGUCGACAAUUGUGCGUGAACCGUCACCAUUUGUCUGGUCAUUUGUCAACUGACAGCACACACAAGACAAUGUCCGACGAUAAACAAGUUCAACAAUUUUUCGAUACUCGCGAAACAAUGCGCAAAAUAGCACUCUAUAUGGGCCUCUGGCCCUUCGAAAAUCCGAGUUACUUUUAUAAUUUGGUACCUUAUUGUCUUGUGACUCUUUACAUUUACGCAAUACUCAUAAUAUUUAAUUCAAUUGCUCAUCAUGUCAACGAUGCCAGGCUGGUAACGGUGUGCUCCGGUGUUAUUACCAUUAACAUUUUGUGUAUAUUGAAGAUAUUGCGGAUCUCUAGAUACGGAAAAGAAAUGCUGUGGUUUAAUAAAACAGUUACCGAACUGUGCAAUGAAUUUCUUAGAGAUGGAGAACUGAAAAAAUUUGUAUUAGAUGAUGUGAAAAUAUUCCGAAGUUUUUUCAUCGUCCAUGCGAGCUUGUGUACUUUCAGUGGAACAAUACCAAUAAUUACAUCACUGGUGUCAGUUGUCCAUCAAAUAAGGAACGAUAUUCAUCCCAUCAAGUAUAAUUUAAUACUCCCAGGAACAUAUCCAUGGAAUGUAUCCGUCAAUCAAUUUGUUCACGGGCUUCAUUUUGGUUUUGAAGCGUACAGUCUCAUGUGGAAUUUCUAUGUGGGAGCUCUGGUCGAUGUUCUAUUUUCAUUCACAAUUCUUCAAAUGACUAUUCCACUUCGUGGAAUGGCUCAUGCCAUCACUAAUAUGCGUGACGAUCGGAAUUAUGGAAACAUAUUGCAUAAAUGUCUUAUUCAAUAUAGAACUCUCAUCAAAUGUCGCUGUAUCGUUGAGAAAACUUAUGGGCCUAUUAUUGUUUUCAUAGCUAUUACUGGUCCAGUUGCUCUCUGUUCACUUGCCUGGCAAGUAACCCAGAUGGACUCAAUGACUAACAUGCAAAAAAUGAGAUUUGCGGCUCACGGAAUCGCCAAAACCCUUCAAGUUUGGUCGUACAGCUGGUCAGCAACAAAUCUAAGAGGACAGAGCGAAAAUUUUUUGGAAAGUGUCUAUUGCUCUCAGUGGCUUGGGAAUAGAACAUUCAUGAACACAGUUCUAACGAUACUCAUGCAGAGACCGCUGAUAAUCAGAGCAGGGCACAUGCCAGAUGUUUCUCUCAACAUGUUCGUAUUUGUAAUGAAAACUACUUCAUCAUAUUACCUGUUACUACAAACACUGGAUUAACGGCGCUCUCAUAAACACAUUUUUCAACGUUUCAUCAACAGUCAAAGACCUCUUUCUUGAUUUUUAUCGAGACAUAUUAAUUCAUCCGAGUGCUUGUGAUACAUUCUGAAAAACGACUGCACAUGUACG